AUGCACCAUUCAAAGCACCAUGGCACCGCCAAUAACAAAACAUCGUCUCCAAGCGCUGGCAAGAAUUCAGAUGCGCGUCGAAACCUCUACGUGCUCGGUCUGCCCUUUGAUCUCACCAAGCCCGAAUUUUCCGCCUUGUUUUCGCGUUUCAGUACUGUCAUGCACGCUGUGAUUCUCGCCACUGUCGAUAACGCAUCUCGCUGUCGCGGGUUCGUGGUAAUGUCAUCUCAUGAGGAAGCCAAACGUGCAAUGAAGGACACACCCUUGAUGUAUCUUGAGCCGUCGUACAACGUUCUCAAGGACGAUGAUGCUGGCAUCCUCAAACCCUUCGUCACUUCCGGAAAUGGAUUGCUGGUAUCGAACUUGCCGAUUCUUCUCUUUGCUCAGGCCAGUGACUUGCAUCGUCUGUUCUAUACUUUCGGUCUCAUCAAGGAGGUGAAGCUCAUGGAUUCUGCUAUGCUCGGCAAUGGAACCACAACCGCUCUAGUCGAAUACGUGAAUGUCUUCGAUGCUCAGGAAGCCAAAGAGGCACUUCAACGACAGUUCUUUGGGACCUCACGCCUGGAAGUCCAAUUCAUCCAAGACAAUAUCUAUCCGGUUAAUUCUACUGCUGCCGCGUAUGCCCAGUCUCCCAUGCUACCGAAAACAUCUGAUGCCGGCCUUAAUCCUUGUGCUGCUCCUUUCGUCUUUGGAUCCCGCCACUUGCCACCCUUGGCUUCUGGUCUUAGCGCCGUUGCACACGAUUCAUUUGUCAACGACCUCAAUCUUGCCAAUAGACCGUCUUUACAUUGGCUAACUCCAGCCGAGAGACCUUCGUCCGGGAGUACGCUUGUCGUGGAGUUGAGUUUGGGACUCUUGGUGCAAGCUGGUUUUCUCAAAAUCACACCUGACCCGCCUGCUGCUGCUGUUCAGGAUACUUCCGUAUAUGUUGAUUUCUGUGAUUGGCCGCUUCUUCGGAUGGAUGUCGAAUUUAACAUCGACCCAGAUGAAUUCCAGGCUCGCAAGCGCAGACGAAUGUCAACCAUGACCACUUCCCUACCUCCACCACCCAAGGUAGCCCCAACCUCUGCUCCUGGGGUACACAAAAUUGCCACCUUCCUCCCUGGUAGGCUUGAGUUCGAACACGAGCUCGAUAAUGAAGCGGAGGAUCUUGUGAAGGAUCUAGAAUUCGGAAUUUGUCAUGCACGAGGCGGUGAUCAGAUUAUGGAAGAUGAGAACGGCCUGGAUGUACGUGCCAGGGCACGAAUGCAGGAAGAGCGCAAAACUGUUGCUGGUUCCAGGAACAGCAGUCAGCCACCCGUCAAUGGUGUCAGUGGCAAUGGACAUCUUUCAAUGAACGUAUCAAGUUCAAAACGGCUUAACGCAAGUCAUCAUACUCGAGAUCAUUCACAUCUUCAACCGCCAGGCAGAGAUCGUCAAGCUGACUCGCAAUUGCGCAGUGACACUUGCAACCCACUUACUUCCCUGGGUUCGCAUUCUCUUGGCUCUGCCUUGUUUCACAUCGACUCUUCAUGCCAAAAUUGCUACUAUCCGACACCCGCGAGUGCUGGUCUGCGUUCCACAAGCUCCUUCUUUUCUCCUUCAAGUUUCUGGCUCGAUGCUAAUCUCCAACUCGCAUCUCAGUUCCUUAGCGAGUACUACUUUAGUCUCUGCGAUGCCAUUCCUCCGCGUUGCAUCCAGCUUCGCAACAUCAUCCUCAGCGCGUUCCCUAUGUCUAUCAUCCUUCCUGACCCUCAUCUACACAAAUUUGACUCGAUUCCCGAAAUGGGACCGAUACCACCCGUUCUAUCAGACUUUGCUUCAUGUCUCAAAAGCGCUGACCUCCGCAACAACCUCUAUCAAUACCUCCUUAAUUGUGGAACCCCUUCAUUCCUCACAACACUCUAA